CGCCGGGCGGUGGCGCGGUGCGCGUCGGGAAAGCGGCGGGAGGAUCUGGCCCUCGGCGGCGGCGCGAGCCAUGGUGGGUGGCGAGGCGGCCGCCGCGGUGGAAGAGCUGGUUUCCGGGGUACGGCAGGCGGCCGACUUCGCCGAGCAGUUCCGCUCCUACUCCGAGAGCGAGAAGCAAUGGAAGGCCCGCAUGGAAUUCAUCUUGCGCCACCUGCCCGAUUACCGCGAUCCGCCCGACGGCGGCGGCCGCCUGGACCAGCUGCUGUCCCUCUCCAUGGUCUGGGCCAACCAUCUUUUCCUGGGCUGCAGAUGCCUUUUUUGCCAAGGUCCUAAAGUCCACUGCAUUUUGGCUACUGCACCAAGACAACAAGGUCCUACUUUUGAAGUGCCUGAUUGAUUAGGCACCCCAUAGACACCAUCCUGAAGAAGGCAGAGAUCUGGAGGAUCCUUUAUACUCCCUUAAGAGUUUCUUAAAGUUAGGAGAAUAGAAUGACUUGGUUUGGUGCUGGUUUCUGUACCUUGACUCUGUUCACAUGACCCCUGCAGUCCAACCCACUUGGGUUUGGUUUUGGUGCUGGGGUUGAAUGCAGGGCCUCUUGCAUGCUAAGCAUAUGCUCUAGCAUUGAGCCACACACUCGAACCCCAAAGCCACUUGGCUUUUGUUUCAGAUACCAGGAUUUAUUAGAAUAGGAUAUACCAGAUUUACCCAUCCCAGACACACACAUCCACCCUUUCUGCCUUCUACGUAUCACUGGGAAAUCUUGGUUAACAGGUCCAAGAUUAGAAAGAUGUCAGAGAAUUGAGCAAAUGAACAAAUGAUGCUAUUUUUCACUAGACAAACAUACAUGUUUAUAUUUUUGGCCCUCAUACCAUAUUUAUGAAUAUGUACUGCCAGACGUAUGGUGCCUCUGUCUUGGAAAAUCUUGACACAUCUGCUCUGUUGGCAUUCCAGAAACCUAAUAUUCAAAUCAGGAAGAACUAUUUCCUAACCUUGUGUUGAACAUGUAUAGGUUUCCCUUACAGUAUCAAAUCAGUCCACUGAAGAACUCAGCACAGCAACCUGUGCUUAUAGCCCCAACUAUUAGGGAGGCUGAGGUAGGAGGAUCACUUGAGCCCAGGAGUUUCAGGCCAGCCUAGACAAC